AUGGGCUCGGGGAGGACGCUGAAGUUCGCCCUGUGCGAGGUGCUGCAGUUUGCAGGCCUGUGCGUGCCACUCUUCAUCGUCAUGCAGAGGUUUGCCGUCAUCGUAGCAAAGGUCAAAACGUCGGCGCAGCCCCCAAGGGAUGGCAGUACGGCCUACUGGUUGAUCGUGGCCUCCUCCAUCGCCUAUGUCACCUCCACCGCCCUGCUGGUCUGGGUACCCAUGAAGUAUAUGGUCUUCAUGAAGAAGAAGUUUCUCAUUGGGAGGAAGAAGUGGAGGCCUGUGGCCCUCGUUUAUGUGAUCCUGUCCACGUUACCCUGCUUUGCCUUUCUCAUCGCCAGCUCUGAGGUUCAGAUAAAUAACAACAUGAAACACGACACGUUCACGGAGCUCCCUGUAUCACUCGUCCUCUUCUCUCUCAUCUGUAUCGACGUUGUGGAGAGGAUCCGCCACUGCAGACUGACCGGCCAGGCCAACGACAUGGAGAGAGACGCUGAAAUCCCCUCCACAGUCCUCACACACGUGGAGCAGGUAACACCAGUACCGCCUGUAAAUCCAGCUGCGCCAGGGCCAGCUGUGCCCGGGCAACCUGCGCCAACUCCCAUGCAACCGGGAGCAAACCAGCAUACUGACAGGAACCAGAACGGAGCAGGGGCCAGAGACCAACAGCGGCCAGAGACCAACGGGACGGUGCCGGGGAUACCAGGUAAUGCAGGGAGGCCGUUUAGUAUCUCUGGGUUGAGCUCACGGUCAGCGAGCACCACAGCGUACCGCAUAUCUCCGUACGCCUACACGGGUCCGCUGAGGUUCCUGUGUGCCAGCGACGCCCGAGCAGACGUAUUUGUGGACAGCUUUAUGUUCUGGAUGGACACAGUGGAGAUGGUGAGGGUGGCAGGACAUCCCCUUGUGUUCUACUCAGGCUGGGUUUUCCCCAUCUACAUCUUCAGCUACCUGUCCUGCCUGCGCGUGGUGGUGAUGCCCCACAGCCCCCUUCUGUCCUCACUAGGAGUGGCCGUGCAGGACUUUCCCUUCUUCUUUGUGCGAGUUGGUCUCAUUGCCUUCUUUGGCUUCGUCACACCCAUCCUCUAUCUGAUGAAGAACCUUCUGGUCUGCCUCGCCUUUGUCUAUUUCAACUUCAUGACCAGGCUGAGGAUCUUCAACACAGAGAGGAUGUUCUUUUGAGAGCAGGACUUCAACCAAAAACAGGGCAACCUAAAAUGAGAUGUGGCAGGAGCGAUAGGUUGGCACAAAUGAUGCAAGAAUUCAGGAAGUGGUUGCACCAGCUCUUUAUAAGUUCACACUUUGCCUACCUUAAAGGGACAGGCCACCCCCAAAAAACAAAAAUAUUGGUAGGUUAAGUUCCUCCUCAAACUGUCAUUUUUAGCAGGUAUGUUUCAACUUGUGGUGUUUCAGUGACCUGUUUAACAAAUCGAUUUCUUUCUCUCUACAUUUUUUUAGCAACUGAUUAACACAUUACUGAUUGAGCGGUGGCUGCAAUAGAAAUUAACCUGCUGAUGUUUUUGAACAUCCGUCAUAAUGCUUCUUGUAAUACUAUUGUGAGGGGAGAAGUGGAAUAACAUCACUCAGUGGAAACAGUCAUCUCGCAAUCAUGUUUUAUAGACAUUUUGAGAAUAUCGCUUUAGUUUUGUGCAAAUAUGUAACAGAAACGCACCUACUGACCCACUAAAACAGUACAGUUUUGAAAGUUACAGCUACAGCUUGUGAAGCUACAAUGACUGUUUACAGUGCCACGGAAAUUUCCUAACUAAUUAUUUACACAUUAUAAGCAAAGACAUUUCUUAACUUCAAGUGGUUCAAACAAGUUUUGUAAAUCAUAUGUUUGAAACCAGCCAAGAAAGAAAGAACUUGGAUUUAUGAAUAGGUGGUGCAACCAAACCAAAGUAUGAAUUUGUGAAUGCGACACACAAGACAUGUUUUUCUAAAUGCAUGAUGGGACUCUUCGCAGGCCAAAAGGGAGCUCUUAGGCAAUGUUUUCCCAUAAACAGACAUUAUGUGUCAAAUGACUGUUGUGUUACGUAUUACGUUGAACUUUUUUUUACCCCCCUGAACCCCUCACCCUCACCAAGCAUGGCACUUUGGGAAUGUACCUGUAAUGUUAUCUGAGAGUUUACAGCAGAUUUUUUUCUACCAUCAUAAAAUGCAGUGAAUAUGUAAAAGCAUACAUUUAUGUUGUUUAUAUUAGGUUUUUCUUUGCUAAGUUAUAUUCACAAAAGAAAAACAAAGCGUGAGUUUGUAUCAUUGAUACAUAUAUUUUGGUAAGAUUAAUAAAGAAAAUAAUUCCCUUAGAUGUUUAAAGUUUCAGUAGUGAUUUAUCGUGUAUGAAGAAUAGGUUUGGCCUCCAUUUAGACCUGUUUCACUGGAAUUUCUUCUCAAUCACUCCCCUCGAGAGCAGGUUUCCUGUCAUUAUUUUGCAAAACAUUCUCAUCA